GUAGGGUAUGUCGGUUUUAACUUUUUAUUAAACUUUUUUUUUAAAUUUUCCUAACAACCGGAUGCCAUUAGUCAGUACUUACACAUCCAAAGAUAAAUUUCCCUAAUAUUACAUCAAAUUUCCAUUUUCCACAAAUGUUUUACUCUAAGUGGAAACACUUACAAGCAUGAUCCAAUAAAAAAAGUUUAGGGUCGGGAUUUCGACAUCCAAAAGCUAGGUAGGGUUUGGAAACCGGAAACCCACAUUUUUUCGCCCUAUGUUAAUUAUGCUACUUAAAUUAGAAAAUGUAGUUUAACCAAUUACCCUGCAGAGCUUCCCCAUUGAAGAGUAAAAUCAUCUGGCAUUAGACAAGUAAAAAAAAAGUAGGGCGCACUUGGCUGUGGCGCAUUGCGGCUGAAUGGGUUAACCAGAGACAUUGUCAGAUUUUUUGGUUAACCCAUUAAGCUGUAGAGCUUCCUUCAUUGACGAGUAAAAUCGUCUGGCAUUAGAAAAGUAAAAAUGUAAGUAUGGUGCAAUGGGAUGCAUUACGGCUCAAUGCCAAUGGGUUGAUUAAAGAGUUAAUGAAACGAAAUUUUUGCCACAUUUUUUAUUGUUUUUAUACUAAAAAGUACUACUGAAAUCAAGUUAUCACACUUGACUUUCUAUACAGCAUUUGCAUGUCAUUUAAACAAAAGAGAAGCACAAUAGAAUGAUUGGUAUAUCAAUAACACUGAAAGAAGGACAAUAGCGUGAUUUGAACAUCAUUUGUGCUACAGUAGUAAGUAGGUUCUAUAACAACACCUUAUUAUAUAUUCCGUAAAGUGAAAAUCAAUUAGACAAAACAAAGAACAAUUAAUUGCAUGAACUAAUUAAUCAUUAACGUUUUUGCAACAACAAUAGCAAUAAAUCAAAACACAUUUAACCACAACGAAUAAUCAUGAAUAUAAAGCUAACAUUAAGGCAGACAUUUCCCGUCCUCACAUGCAACUUCGUGUUAUUGAUAUACCAAUCAUUCUACUGUGCUUCUCUUUUGUUUAAAUGACAUGCCAUAUCCUACACUUUAAAAGGGGAUUUACAGAUUUCUAAAGGUAACAGAAUGUCAUAAAAUAUACGAGUAACUGAAAUAAUAUUCAUUAAUAAUUGUUGAAAAGAGGGGGGGGGGGGGACUAAAGACAUGUAUGCCCCCCCCCAACUAAAAAGUGGAUAAAACUUGGCACACUUAAUGGUGCAACCAAGUGAACAUUUUGGGUUGGGUUGUUUAUAUGGUUGUCAUGGAAACACACUUGUCCCCAGCCCAUUCUCACUAUUUCUUGAAAUCCCAGGAAGGUUUGUGAAUUUUUCAAGUCCAUUUCAUUAAAUCCACAGAUAUGAUUAAAUCACAUCAUGCCACUCAACAUUAGGGUGCCCAUGUCCAGUUAUGCAAUUUGAAUACAUUAAUCAUGUCAUGACUUCAUUCUUAGUGCACAAUUUGAAGUCUAAUUGUAGAAGGGACUGUAUCUUACCCUAGAAACCUAAAGUAACUGAAACUUAAUAUUAAGUUAACUGUUAUUUUAUCUGAUUAAGGCAACCAUUUGUGAACCUGUUUUGAAGUGCUUUGUAUGUGGUAUUGACUUGCCAUUCAGCUGUAUAAGAGAACACACAUACACUCACAACACAACUGGUUCUAAUAAGGUACAGUACCGGCAGGUACAAAACGCAGGUUGCAGGUUGCAGGUUGGAAUUUUGCAGGUUGGGAAUUUUGCAGGUUGGCAUUUUGCAGGUUGGGGAUUUUGCAGGUUGGAAUUUUGCAGGUUGCCAGGAAUUUUGCAGGUUGAUGAUGCAAACUUAAAAUUACACCACUAUAAAGUAUUCUAAUAUAAUUUAAUUGUUUACUUAUUGCAGUCUGACUCCUUGUCGGCACUUUUGCUAUCAGUCUAUCCUGCUACAAUGUUCCUAGCUUCUGCUCUAAGGAGUGGCCAUCACCCUUGUGAAAAUAUUCAAAAUGACCAGAUUGGCUUGAACCUUCAGGGGGACGGAUAUUUCGAUUGUUGCGAGGAGCCUACAUGACGUGGUGGCAGUUCAGAAAAUGCCUGAAUGAAGUGUCUCUCCUCUGCACCCACUUAUGAGAAGUGUAUUCAAGGCCCCAAUUACCGUAUCAUUACUCGAGAGUUAGUUAACUUUUAACAACAUUCUAGUAUAAACGCCGCCAGGUCAUGUUGGCACCUCGCAACAAUCAAAACAAUCGUCUCCCUGUAGGUCCAAGCCAAUCUGGUCAUUUUGAAUGUUUUUUACGGGGGUGAUGGCCACUAGCCUUAGAGCAGAGGCUAGGAACAUGGCAACAGGGUAGGCUGAUUAGCUGAUAUCAAAAGCGCUGACAAGGAGUCAGACUGCAAUAAAUGCACAACUAAGUUAUACUAGAAUACUAAAAAAGUGGUGUAAUUUUAAAUUUGCAUCAUCAACCUGCAAAGUUCCUGGCAACCUGCAAAAUUCCAACCUGCAAAAUCCCCAACCUGCAAAAUUCCAACCUGCAAAAUCCCCAACCUGCAAAAUUCCAACCUGCAACCUGCGUUUUGUACCUGCCGUGUUCAUACAUAUGGCCCCAUCUCUGUAGGGUAUUAGAGUAGAAAUUUAUUGAAGCCUGAAGUCAGAAAAUAAAUAUGGCAACAAGGUUACAUGCCAUACUGCAGAGUUAGGCAAUUUUUUUAAAGAUCUCAAGGGCACAAAAGGUAUAAAUAUAGAUUGUAGGGGCAAGGGAACAAAAUAAUGAAAUUGUGAGAUUCGGGGGCAGGUUUUACAAUGGGGUGCUAAAACUUUUCCCUAAAAAAUCCCUGACCAGCUGGAGUGCUGAAACUGAUGUUUGACUAUUGAAAUAUCCUAGCAGGUUAGGUUCAUCAGAUUUUAGCUUUGUCAACCUGGCCACUCUGUUAUUACAGUAAUGGCUCAUUUAAAUAAUUUCAGGUCAUUACUGUAAAUGUAUUAAAUACAAAGUAUUUGAAGUUAAUACUGCUGUAAAAUGUAGUUUAAUAAUAUUGUAUUAAAGUGUAAACACGUUUCUCAAGUCUGGCCAUGUGUUUCUCAAUAUUCACAAUAUUUAACUACAAUUGUACAAAUUCAGCUAACUAUAUUGACAUACUGUAUAAAAUAUAUUACAGUAAAUAGCCUUCGAAAUAUAUAUUUCAUAGAGCUAGACAGUGUAUAAACAAAUAAUGGGAAUCUGCUAAAUAAUUUGUAACAAUGAAAUACUUCUAAACAUUUUCAAAUUCAUAUAUACUGUACCUUUUUAUACUUGAUGGAAAUCAUCACAAAUAGUAUGUACGAGUUGGCUCCAUUUUCACUGCUUCGAAAUUCGAAACAUCGCCUCCUCGGCGAUUUACAUGAUGCGAUAUAAAAGAAGAUUGAUGUACAUUCGACGUCAUAUAUAAACGUAACAUAUUAAGAAGAAAGAUUACAACAAAAAAUAAAAGAAUAUAAAUAAUCCGCGGCAAUUCAAGAUCCAUUCGUGAACUUUUCGUCGCCCCUCUGUCUUCAUUUCCACAAAGCCCGCUCGCAGGCUAAUACUCCAAGAAUCUUGGAGUAUUUGCCUGACACGUGACCAGCGUUUACCAGGGCUAUGUCGCCGCCUCCAAUUCGCGACUAGUCCUGGGUACGAGGUUGAGUUACACGAGGGGUGCAACGGAAUCCGUUUUCUAAGCAUCUUUUGGAUGCUCAUCCUACGGCCUAUACUAAAUUCCCCCCGGCUAUUUACACCCGAGAAAACGAAAGCAUUAGCGAAGUCUAAAGUUCAUCAAUGAGCGCGGGCGUCGGUCACCAACGAUGGGUGGUCAUCCCCACUGAUCUCAAAAAUAUUGCGGACUGUCAUGAAUAACGGGCACUGAUUGGUCCAAUUUAAAGUUUGCAUUAUAACGACUGCAUGACGACAGCGAAAUAGCAAACAUUUCUUGAUUUGAUGAUUGAUAAAUUUCUUGCAAAUAUAUUUCAUUUUGGCUCGUAUUUCUGCAAGAUUUUGUAAAUUUCAAGAAAGAAAGGGCGAAAGAAUCAGCUAAAAGAAGGGAGCCGACGUUAACGAAGGUAAGUUUGUUUUAAAUAUUGAUUUUAUAAUGGCUUUAAAACCCGACGGCCUUUGCGUAUAUGAAACAACUAAGCAAGACAGCAUAUAAUUUCAGUGUAUCUUUAAUAUUGAUUCCCUUUUUUAUUAUAUUGAAUUUUUUAAAUAAAAAAUAAAGCAAAGUUAUUUGCAAGCGAGAAUUUGAAAUCAUUUUAUUGCAAACUCAAAGUUUACCGAUAAAGCCAUUUAAUAGUUAAAGGCAGUAUGACGAGACAGACAGCUCCAGGUUCGCAGCUCCAGGUUCGCGAACCUGGAGCCAGCUCCAGGUUCGAUUUCAACCUGGAGCUGGAACGACUAGUUUGUAAAUAAACUGCUUUUGCCGCUUAACCACUAAUGGAAAUCCAAUUUUUUUGAAAGACCAUUUUUACUUGUCAUAUUCCUUAGUACGUGAGGGAAAAUGAAGACAUUAUUCCGUUCCGUUCGUCCAUGGUAGCUUGUGAAAGAUCACUGUUUUUUUCUGACAAAGGGGCUGGUCAGCGGUGGGAUAGAUCGCAAAGCUCGUUUAAAACCUUUUUUUUUACCUUUAUAACGAAAAACGUAAAAUUUUGAUUGAUGACCAUUCUAGAGCAUGUAUUCAAAAGUAAUGUCGAGCGUUGAACUUAUUUCCACAUCGCGAAACCGCGAUAAAUAACUCGCGCAAAGUUGAACUGUCUAAUUUCACGCAGGCCCAGUUGUGUUAAUUUUAUCCUUCCGUAAAUACAACAACUUUGGUAUCCGUACAUUUACGCUUUAUAUGAGUAAUAAUUUGAUAUGUUAAUGACAUAAUAUCAUUUGUUGCGCUUUUCUGAAGAACUAACGAUAUAAACAUGCUUAAUAUCCGAAACAAACGACGCAAACAAGAUCGCUAAAAAUGGUGUUAUUAUGCGGCUCAAGUCGUCGAAAGGCCACAACAUGUCAAAUACAUCUAGCAUCGUCUAAAUUGCUUGGCAAAUUUCUUGCUAAUUUCGCCCUGCCACGAAUUUCUAAAAUAUGACCCUUCUAGACUAAUAUUCAUACUAUCAUAUUUUACAGCAUUUGAAACUUUAGGAUACAUAUCCACCAUAAGCAACUCAUGAAAACACUAGCAUUCGUUACCGAGAUGAGAAAUCAACUUUCAAGAGAUGUGAAAUAUUAAACGUAAACAAUAAACACGUCAUCAGCUGGCACGUGCCGGACAUUUGAUAAUCUCAGGGGAAAACCGUAUUAACUAUAAUGUCAGCAUGCAAAUGCAAUGAGGACAUGGCAAGGCAUUUAAGAGUGCCGAGGAAUAGGUUUAUAGGAACAAGGCAAUUUUCCUUGUUUAGUUAUGCGCUGUAUUUUUUCAAUACAUGAAAAAACACGCUUUUUCACAAAGAUAAAAUAUUUUUAAAGCAUGCGUAGGUUUGAAUUUGCGAUUGCGCUGAUUAUGUUAAUUAAGAAGGCUUAAAACACACCCCUCCUAUUAAUUAACUUAUACUGGCAAAAACGAUGUUUUUAGCUCACGUGUUAAAAAAAAGAGUACAGCGUAUAUAAACCUAUGCAUGACAUUAUAGUUAAUACGGUUUUCCCCUGAGAUUAUUAAAUGUCUUGCACGUGCCAGAUAACACGGAAUAUUGUUUAGGUGUAAUAUUUCACAUCUCUUGAAAGUUGAUUUCUCAUCUCGGUAACGAUGCUAGUGUUUUCAUGAGUUGCUUAUGGUGGAUAUGUAUCCUAAAGUUUCAAAUGCUGUAAAAUAUGAUAGAAUGAAUAUUAGUCUAGAAGGGUCAUCUUUUAGAAAUUCGUAGCAGGGCGAAAUUAGCAAGAAAUGUGCGAAGCAAUUUAGACGAUGCUAGACGUAUUUGACAUGUUGUGGCCUUUCGACGACUUGAGCCGCAUAAUAACACCAUUUUUAGCGAUCUUGUUUGCGUCGUGUGUUUCGGAUAUUAAGCAUGUUUAUAUCGUUAGUUCUUCAGAAAAGCGCAACAAAUGAUAUUAUGUCAUUAACAUAUCAAAUUAUUACUCAUAUAAAGUGUAAAUGUACGGAUACCAAAGUUGUUGUAUUUAUGGAAGGAUAAAAUUAACACAACUGGGCCGUGCGUGAAAUUAGACAGUUCAACUUUGCGCGAGUUAUUUAACGCGGUUUCGCGAUAUGGAAAUAAGUUCAACGCUUGAUAUUACUUUUGAAUACAUUCUCUAGAAUGGUCAUCAAUCAAAAUUUUACGUUUUUCGUUAUAAAGGUAAAAAAAUAAGGUUUUAAACGAGCUUUGCGAUCUAUCCCACCGCUGACCAGCUCCUUUGUCAGAAAAAACAGUGAUCUUUCACAAGCUACCAUGGACGAACGGAACGGAAUAAUGUCUUCAUUUUCCCUCACGUACUAAGGAAUAUGACAAGUAAAAAUGGUCUUUCAAAAAAAUUGGAUUUCUAUUAGUGGUUAAGCGGCAAAAGCAGUUUAUUUACAAACUAGUCGUUCCAGCUCCAGGUUGAAAUCGAACCUGGAGCUGGCUCCAGGUUCGCGAACCUGGAGCUGCGAACCUGGAGCUGUCUGUCUCGUCAUAAAGGCAGUUUAGUUUUAUAAAGAACACUUUAAAACGUUUUGUGAAUUGUUUGUGGUUGAAUUUUACCUUAAAUUGAAGCUUGUAUUACGUAUAAUUACAUACCUAACAUAUAUAUGUUGGGAAAUUGAUAAUUUUGUAAUUAAAAGUGAUAUUUUUAGGCGAUUUUCAUUUGUAAGAAUAUUCUUAAAAGAUUAUCGUGUUACCAUGACAACUACUUUAGAUACUUCAUGUUAGGAAAAUACAACGGUUUUGUCAGCAAGGCGAGGGUUUCUGCAUGCAUGUAUUUUCUAGUAAAUUGUAAUUUUAAUAACAUCAACUUUAGUGUACAAGAGAUCUCAUCGAUAUUUAACGUAAAGUUUCAAGAAGCAUCGACCAUUGUAAGUAAAUGUGGAAUAAAUACCAAAUUAUUUACCGACAGCUAG